GCGAGUAACGGCAUAUGAGCGCUCGCAGAGAAAUCGCUAAUCACGAACGGCGGACGACAAAAGCCCAAUAAGAACAGUGGCAGAGAAGGAAUAGGGAAAAAAGCAAAGAAAGCUGUUAAAUAAUUGAAAAAGAAAAGCGAAAGAUCGCUAAAAAGUGUGCUAACUAUUUUUUUUGACAAGUUAUUUUCGAGUGAAAAGUGAAAAGAAAAGUGUGGAAAACUGUGUAAGAAAGGCCAGCAGCAGGGCAGCCCAAGGAGCAGAAGAAGGCGAGGCGUCUAGCGCAGCCCACCACCCCCAAACGCCACCCGCCAACCCACUCGCCCAACCCCCUCCCCCUUUCGCUGUUUCCCCCACAAGGCGAAAACCGCCACCGCCUCGCGCGCUCUCUCUCUCUUUUCCUUUGGGUGCCACACCAAUACACCAGCUCACACACACACACACCCUUGUCCUCCAAAAAAAAAAUAUGAAAUAGUAACGAAAUUAUCGAAACAGCGAACACAACAAUAACAACAAAAUAUCUGAGCAGCCUGCCAGUCGCUGGUGAAAAACAAAAGAAAGCUUCGAAAACAACUCGAAUCAAUUGCAUUUUUUGUUUAUUUUUUUGUCCGUAAGUGUUUGGUGAAAUAAAAAACUUUCGAAAAAGAAAAAUUCUUUGAAAAAUUCGCAACCUUAUGUUAUGCGUGUGAGUGUGUGUGUGCGUGAGACUUGGAGCAGCAGGAGCCAUCAUAACAAGCCAAGCUCUCCUGACCACAAAAACCAAACCACAAGCCAAGAAUGUGCCACAAAAACACACAUUCCAAGUGACAGGACCCCCGAUAUUUAACUAAUACAUUAAUAAUAGUAAACCAAUAAAAAUUCCAGGCUACCAGGCUAAAACAACAAGAUAUCCAACAGAGUUUGCAAAGUAAACAUUGACCAGAAAAAUAUUCAUAAAAAAGUUUUUAAAAAAUCAGGAAUAAAAAUAAUAUAACACGAAAAAAAGGGAAAAAAUUCCCGAGGCAGAGUUGCCACCCGGUGCGAAAGAAGGGAGCUUCAAGCCAGCGAGUGGCUUUCGGCGAACGAGAAACCAGUCGAAAAAGCUGUAGAAAAGCAAUGCAACAACAACAACAAGAGCAGCAGCAACAACAACAAAAAGUGUAGUGGGUCGCACGCGCGACUUGUGUGUGUGAAUAAUGAAGAAGAAGCAGAAACAACAACAACAGCAGCAGCAGCAGCAGCAGCAGCAGAGGCAGCAGAUCAAGGCGCCAUCGGAAGCGGAAUCGGAGGCAGACCGCCCCGGCAGCAACAACAACAACCACUCGCCAACACCAAUUGCAAUUGCAACAGCAACAACCAAGCGGCGACAGGCGGUAAACAGCAGCAGCGGCGGUAGCAACAACAACAACAAGCGCUGCAGUCGCAGCAGCAGCAGCAGCAGCUGCAGUAGCAGCAGCAGCAGCAGCAGCAACGCUAGCGUCGGCAGCGACGCCAGCAGCAUGUCCAAAACAAGCAGCGGGCAUCCCAAUGCAGCAGCAACACAAGCAGCAGUAGCAGCUGCCGCCGCCGCUGCAGCAGCAGCAAGUGCAACAAAUGCCUUGAAUGCCGCCAAUGCCGCCGAUUUUAGUGCGUUCGACUUUAACGAUAGUUCCGAUAACUCCGACACGCCCCUGGUGCCACGCCCACCCUUCCUGAGUCGCGCCGCUGCAGCGGCCGCAGCAGCCGCGGCCCUCACCAUCAGCAACAAUUCGGCGGGCUCGGCGGUCACCCCCAGUCCCAAUGCCUCCGUCGGGACUUUCCGCACCUCAUCACCUGCCGUCGGCGAGGAGGAGGACGAUGACGAGGAGGAUGACGACGAGGAGGACGAGGAGGAGGAGGAGGAGCAGGAGGUGACUCAGCAGCAGCAGCAGCAGCAGCAACAGCUGGCGGCAGAGCAGCAGCAGCGGGCAGCGGCGGCGGCGGCCGUAGUGGCAGCGGCGGUCAGUGCGCUGCACAAUGGCAACAAGCAGCAGCAGCACUACAACAACAAUAACAACAACAAUAACGGCAACGGCAAGUCGCGCGAUCGCGACGAUCAUCUGCAGGCGCAGCAGCAAUCGCAGCAGCAGCAGCAGGAAGAUGAAGAUGAGGACGAGGAUUACGACGAGGAUGAGGAGGAGGACGAGGAGGAGCAGCAGGGAAAUGGGCAUGACCUCACGCCCACGGACCUGCGACAUGUGCUGCCCUCCAGCAACCACGAGCAGCAGCAGCAGCAGCAGCAACAGCAACACCAGCAACAACAGGAGCCAGCUGGCUACGAGGACGAGGGCGAGGAUGAGGACGAGGAUGACGAGGACGAGGACGAGGUGGGGAGCAGCCACCUGGACAGCCGGGCCACCCUGUCGUCCGCCCACCUAAACAGCGCUGCGGCCGCCGAGAGCAGCGGUCUCCACAUGGCGGCGGCGGCGGCGGCAGCAGCGGCAGCAGCAGCGGCGGCGGCAGCGGCUGCCUCGGCCGCCAAGCUGGGUGCCCAGCUGGAGCAGCAGCAGCAGAAUGCCGCCAGCAAUCCGAAUAACAAUGCCUUGGACAUGGCCACGCCCAUUGCCCCGCCUCCGCCCAGUAGCCUGCUGGGCGGCAACAGCAACACCAGCUUCUCCACGAACAACAACAGCAACCAUGCCCUCAGCUCGACGCACGGCAGCCUGGGGGCGGGUGGCCAGGGCACCCAGUGCAGCAACGAUCUGAUGGCCGCCAGUGGAGGCGGUAAUUCCCGCGGCGGCUCUUCCCUCGGAAUGGGCAUCAACCCCUCCAGUGCGGCGCUGCAGCAGCAACAUCAGCAGCAGCAGCAGCAACAGCAGCAGCAACAUGGCAGCAGCGGCGGCGGCAGCGGCGGAAGCAGCAGUGCGGCCAGCGAAAGGCGCAAGUACCGGCAUCAGAACUACAGCAAGAACAUCUACAUCGGAACGAAGAACGCCGAGAAGUGGGAGCACAUGCGCACCCGGCUGCAGUUCAAGAACGACGUCGAGUUCGUCGCCUACCUUCUCAACCUGGCGGACAACGACACGGAUCGGCUAAACAACCUGCCCCCGCCCUCCCCGGCGAACACGCCCACCAAGGGCUUCGACGGCAACUUCAAGCUGGAGCCGAAUCUCAGCGCCAAGGACUUUGCCGCUCCCCCCGAAGCCUCGAUCAACGGCAGCGUCAGCGGAAAUGGCAACGGGAAUGCGAGCGGAAACGGAAACGGGGACUCCACCUCGGCGGCCUCCAUUCCGAUGGCCACGCCCACAGCGCCGCAGCGCAAGCGUUACAAAAAGCGCGUGCAGUUCAGCUCGGAGGCGCUGAAUGGUUUUGGAGGGAAGGGAUCAGGAAAGGGAUCGGGAUCGGGAGGAGGAGCAUCUUCCACCGGUUUCACCUACGCCAAAUCCAAGAAACAGGAGGCCAAGGCGGCGGCGGCGGCACUCAAGGCCGCUGCCGCUGCGGCCGCUGCCUCCUCGGCGCUGCCCGAGGUCCUCGACUGCCGCAUCGCCGAGAAGAUCAAGAGCGAACUGGAGGCCAACAGCAAGGAGUCACUGCCGAAUGCCCUGUGCCUCAAAAAGGCAGCUGCAGCGGCGGCGGCAGCAGCAGCAGCGGCAGCGGCAGCAGCGGCGGCCAACGGCAGCGAGGAGGAGGAUGAGGACGAGGAUCAGCCGACGACGACGACGCAUCCGCACCUCCUGCCCGUCGUCCUGCCGCCCAACGUCGAUGCCGUCGACGGGCUGUCCAUAACCGCCAGCAACGGACAGGCGGGCAACUUCCAUGUGCGCUCCAAGUCGCAGGGCUCCAAGAAAUCGCAGGCGGCCAAAGCGGCGGCAGCGGCGGCGGCGGCGGCAGCAGCAGCGGCGGCCAUGAUGCCGCCCAACUCCUACGACGAGCACGAGGAGGAAACGGGAAACGCCGGAGGAGGACUGGGCAACGAGGAAGACGACGAGGAGGACGAGGAGCUGGACGAGGAGGCGCUGGCCCGCGAAAUGAAGAUGGAGCAGAACUUCGUGGAGGAGGAGGACGAGCACGACAUCGCCUUCCGGUCGCAGCAGUCCUGCCGCGAAUGCUCCAUUGCCCACGACCACAAGCUGUGUCCGCUGCGGAAUGCCUGCGGCAAUGUCACCGAUGCCGUCGAUCUGGGCGAGUGGAUCGAGCGGCGGAAUCUGGAGGCUUUGGCCAAGCUGAAGGCCGAUGCCCAGCGGCAGGCGAAGAGGGCCAGCGGAAGGCAGCGGCACGAGGACGACGACAUGGAGGACAUGGAGGACAUGGACAUGGACAUGGACGAGUCGUCGCAGCUAUCGGAGCUGGAGACCAAGCCGCUGAUUACCUUCGCCGAGGCCUCCGUGCCGGCGGAGUUCGAGCUGCACAACGUGGAGCCCAAUGUCACAGGGGUCUUUGCCCGCACCGAGGUGAGGGCCUUCACCAAGCUGGGUCCGCUCAUCGGCCAACCGGUGCAGACCGGCGAGGUGCGCGAGGGUAGCGACAUGAAGUGGAUCUUCGAGAUGUGCGAGGCGGGAGCGGACAAGUCCUAUCUGCUGUGCUGCGACAAUCCGAACGCCUCCAAUUGGCUGCGUUUCGUCCGGCCCGCUCCGAGCUACGAGGAUCGGAACGUCAAUCUGGUGUCCAUCGAUCGGCAGGCGUACUUCGUCAGCUGCCGCGACCUGCGCAACGGAAUGGAGCUGCUCUACUGGAGCGACGACUGCAACACCAUGUGGCGCAAGAAGCACACGGAGAAGACGAACUGCGGCGGCUGCAACCUGAAGUUCGAACACCCCCUGUACUACCGCACCCACUGCUCCGUCUUCCACGAUCCCUCGAUGAGCCUGACUAUCCGCAAGUACCACUGCAAGGUGUGCGGUGAGCCGGUGCUGGGCAAGGAUAAUAUCAUGAAGCAUGCGGCGGAGAAGCACGACGGCAAGGGCGCCUACCAGUGCCAAUUCUGCAGCAAGUUCUUCCUGCGGCUCAACUACCUGGAGAUGCACCGCACCUACGGCUGCGCCUCGAAUCCGAAUCGAUCGCGGCCCGUCUGCGAUUUUUGCGGCCGAAAGUUCUGCCAGCCGCAGAAGCUGAAGGCGCACAUUAAGCGCAUGCACAGCGAUAUGGCUGAAGUUUUACGAGAUUUUCAGUGUAAAUUAUGUUCAAAACUUCUAGGAUCGCGAGCGGCAUUGCAGCGCCACUCGAAGGAGGUGCACAGCCGCAACUCGACGGUGGUGAGCUGUCCGCGGUGCCAGAAACUCUUCCAGAAUCGCAGCAAUCUCAAGAUCCACAUGCUGACCCAUUCGGGCGUCAGGCCGUUCAAAUGCGCCGAACCGGAGUGCAAUGCGGCCUUCACCACCAAGCAGUGCCUGCAGUUCCACUACAAGAAGGUGCACAACUACACCCAGGAGCAGAUGCCCAAGAUCGAGCGGAGCGUGGCCUACACCUUCGACGCCUACUCGGGCGGCAUGAAGGUGGACUUUCUGGAGCAAGCACCGCGCCGGCGGCGCAAGAGCCUCGAGGACCAGAGCUCGAUGCUCAGCGGUUCGCUGCAGAGCGACGCCGAGUUCAGCGACGACAACCUGUUCGAGGCGAUCAAGAAGAGCGGCAAGUCGAUCAAGGAUCUCUGCCGCAACGAGCCGAAUCUCUCGCUGCUCAGCUCCAAGAUCUCCAGCAUAUUCGGGGACAAGGUGGCCUCCGUUUCCUCGGCUUCGGUUUCGGGUGGCGGCAUUGGUGGCGCCACCUCCUCGGGCGGUCGCAAGCGGAAGCGCAAGAAGGAGCCAAGUGCCGCCGCGCAGCAGCAGCAGCAGCAGCAGCAUCCGCAUCACCACCACCAGCAACACCAGCAGCACUCGCAGCAACUUUCGCAGCAGCAGCAACACGCGCAACAGCAGCAGCACUCGCAGCAACAUGCCCAGCAGCUGCAACAUGCGCAACAGCUGCAGCAGCAACACUCGCAGCAGCAGCACCACUCGCAGCAGCAGCAGCACUCGCAGCAACAUCACCACCACCAGCAACACCAGCAGCUGCAUCUCGAUCCGCAGCAGCAGCAUCCGCAGUACGGUCAUCCCCACCAGCUGCACGCCCAUGCGCUGCCCCACCAGCAGCAACAGCAGCAGCAGCAGCAACAGCAACAGCAGCAGCAGCAACAGCAGCAGCUGCACGGCGAUCCCGACGACGAGGAGGUGGAGCAGGCACGCCUGGAGCAGGUGCGUCGCAAGCAGAACGCCCAGCUGAGCCUGGUCGAGUCCUUCCUGACCACCACCGCCCAGCGGCUGAGUGCCCAGCAGCAGGUGCAACAGGUGGUGGCCGCCGCGGCCGCUGUCUCGGCCAUGGCCGGUGCUGGCGAGGAUCCGGCCAAGCUGGGCCACAUGAUGGGCCACAUGGGCGUCGGCGUGGGCGUGGGCAUGGAGGAGGAGGAGGACGACGACGAGGAGGAUGACGAUGCCCAUUCGCAUGUCCAUGCCCAUCAGUCGCACCACUCGCAUGCCGCCCACUCGCAUGCGCACGCCCACCCGCACCACGCCCACUCGCACUCGCACGCCCACCCGCACGCCCAGCAUCCCGGCGCCCAGGGGGCGGGCGGUCAGCAGCAGGACUACCGCCAUGCGGCGGCCAUGAACGCAGCGCUUGGCCAAAAUCUGGUGGUCAGCAAGGGCAGCAAGAAGUGGAUCCAGGAGGUUCAGGACUCCAGCGAUGUGGGUGGCGAGGGUUCCGGAGGAGGAGGAGGACCAGGAGGAGAAAGUAAUGCUGCCUGCGGUCAGCUGGCCGGCGGUGGUUCCGGUGGUCCUGGCGCCGAUCUGGGAUUCGCCGUGCCUCCGAGUUCGGUGGAUGAGCACAGCAAGUUGCUGGGCCAGAAUCGCGACUUCCUGGCCCGCCUGAUGAGCAGCGCCAGCGCCAGCCACGCCCAUGCGCACGCCCACGCCCACGCCCAUGCCCACGCCCAUGCCCACCAGACGCACCCGACCCACCAGCAGCUUCAGCAGCAGCAGCAGCAGCACAGCGCCCACAGUCGCGAGGAGGACGAGAACAGCUCCUUCCUGGACGUCGUCGAGUCGAACAACAAUGCUGCCGCCGCCGCUGCCGCCGCCGCCGCUGCAGCUGCCGCCAUGUCGCAUUAUGGAGGAGGCGGAACGAGCGGCGGCGGGGGGAGUGGCAGCGGGGGCGGCAGUGGCGGACAAACGCCGACGGGUCCGGCGACUGGUGGCACGGUAACCGGCGGCGAUGAGCCCCAAAUGCAGAUGAACUCGCUCGCCCACUCGCAGUCCUUCAUGAGCUCCUUCUACAACAACGCCAACGCCCGGGUGGGCGGAGUGGGCGGCGUGGUCGGCGUGGGCGGGGGCUCGUCCUCCGCCAGCAUGCUCGUGGAGGCGGCCCUCAACUCCGUUGGCAAUAUGAUUGACAGCGAGAGCAGCGACCUCAAGGUUCCCACCGACAACCACAUAAACAGCGACAGUCCGAUGAGCGCCCACGUGGAUCCCGAGUCGCAGCGCUUUGGAGCGGGCAGCGCUGGCGGAGCGGGUGGCGGAGGAGGAGGCGGCGGCGGUGGAGGAGGCGGCAGCAGCGGAGGAUCCUCGGGCGGGGCGAACGGAACGGGCAUCGGCGGAGCUAUGGACAACCUGGAGAACGAGCUGAAGAUGAUGAAGAACCUGGGCAGCUUCCCGAUGCAGAUACCGCCGCUGCCGAUGUUCCAGGGCGCCUGCAAUAUAUCGCCGAGUGCCUCGACGCCGACGAAUCCGCAGAGCAACCAGAACCAGAACGACGUGGAUGUGGAUGCGGGCAGUACGCCGCGUCCGCAGCAUCCGGACUCCGAUGGCUUCUCCUCGUCGCACCACCGCACUCCGCCCUCGCCGCCGCCGAUAUCGCCGGGUCGCGAUUACGGCGGAAUGUUUGGAGCGGGCAAUGGAGGAGGAGGAGGAGGAGGGGGUCCCGGAUCGAAUAGCACGCCGGCGGGCAGCUCGAGCGGCGGAGGAGGCGGUGGCCCCGGCGGAGGAGGCGCCAACAGCAUGUCCGCCUCGUCGCCACUGCCCGCUUUGCAGCCGCAGCGGCGGAACGCCUCCAGCGUGGGCAGCACCUAUCCCGAACACGAGCUCAUCUCGCCCGCCUCUUCGCCGAGCAUACCGCGCUACAACUUCAACGGCGACAUGAUGCGCCACAAGCGGGCGGUCCAGGAGCAGGAGCACCAGGAGCGCCAGCGGCAGAACAUCUCGCGCCACAACCAGAUGUCCAGCGACGAGGAGAACAGCAUCAUGCCCCAGAACAGCGCCGGGCAGGACAUGCGCAUGAAGUUCCCGCAGUCGCAGAUCGACCUGAUGUACUCCAAGUACGAGAGCAUGGCCAGCAACCUGAAGUACAACAGCCAGGAGCUGGACUCGCCGGCGGAGUAUCGCCAGGCGGGCGGCGGCGGCGGUAACGGGGCGGUCAGCGCGGCAGCGGCGGCAGCAGCGGCCGCGAGUGCGGCCAACGAUCUCUCCGACCUCCAAGGCCUGGACAUGAGCUCCCGCUCGAAUGCGGCGAGCAGCAACUAUCACCACAACUUCCAGCUGCCGAGCAGUCGCUACCACCACCACAUCUACGACAUACUCUCCGAUCGCGAGCAGCAGAGCCAGCAGGCCCAGCAGGCGGGCGGCUCGGUGGUGGUGGGUGGCGGUGGCUCCGGCGGCGGCGGCGGUGGUGGUGGUGGCGGCUCCGGCGGCGGUGCCUCCGUGGUGCACCAGCAGGAGCACGGCCACGGGCAGCACCAUGCGAUGCAGCAGCACCAGCAGUCGGCGGCCGCCAUGCACAACAUGCUCAGCGAGCAGCUGGGCGAGCAGGAGCACGACCAGACCACCUCGGUGGACCUGAGCAGGACGGCCAACUAUGUGGUCUCGUCGCCGCCCCAGCUGCCCUACAAUCAUCCCACCCACCACGACAUGCUGCGCAUGGCCUCGCUGGAUUUGACGCCCAACACGGCCAACAUGGCGGUGGGCAACAACCGCUCCUUCCUCUCCUCGCAGAUGCAGCACCAGAGUCGCGAAAGUCUGGAGCACCACCGGCUGCUGUCGACGGUGGAGCAGCAUCGCAUCCUCGCCGCCUCGAAUGCCGCCGCCGAUCAGCACCGCCUGCUGGUGGAUCCCACCGCCCAUCUGCUGAUGGAGCAAAACAAUCGGCUCCUGGGCACCGCCGAUCAGUCGCGACUCCUGGGCGAAUCGGCGGCGGCGGCGGCCCAGAACCGGCACAUGGCCAGGAGCUUCGGGGCCUAUCACCAGGUGGCGUCCAGCAAUUACCAUCCGGGCGUGAGGCCACCGCCCGUCCUGCCAUCCGCCAACCAUCAUGCCUCCAAUCCGUCGAACUACCACCCCUUCCCCGCCUACUACUGAACGGCGAGGGGGCGUGGUCGGCCGGGAUAAAGUGCACUUUGUGGGGAGGACAUCCUGAAGCGAGUAGUUUAAUUUUUAAAACUAAAAGUCUAGUUUCUUUGAGGCCCGUUUAUUCAAUUGUUGCAGUUUCCAAAGAAUUUGCGUUUUAUAAUGUGUUCAAAAAUCAUAAUUUUAAAAAUUUAGAUCGUACAUUUCCAAAUAUUUAUCAAAUUGAUACCAAAACACAUUACAUUUUUAA